GUCAGGCUGAUGUUAUGACAUUUCUAAUAAAAAAAUCUACAGCUGUUUUUCUAGUUCAGCUGGUAAGAACAAGCACUUAACAAUUUUUUCUUGGCACCUUCUUGUUAUUAAAAGCUUGUGUUAAGCCCAAACAUGGUGGUCACCAACGAUAUAAAGCUGCCCACAGAGGAGGAAUUGACGGUUCAAGAAUUGAAUUUGUCUACCGCAGCUUUACGUGCCGGAGCCUUUCAUUUGGGCAAAGCUUGCGAAUUUCAGAAUAAUGAAUUCAUGUUAUGUCGCCAAGAAUUAGAUGAUCCAAGAGCCUGUUUAAAUGAAGGUAAGGCUGUGACCAGCUGUGCCAUGGAUUUUUUCCGUAAAGUUAAGAAAAGCUGCCAUGAAGAAUUCAUGCAAUAUGCUACUUGUUUAGAUAAAUCAAGUGGUACCAUGUCGUUUAGCCACUGCCGCAAAACACAAGGUGUGUUUGAUAAGUGUGUUAAGGAUACUUUGGAUAUUGAUCGCCCAGAUUAUGGUUAUUUCUCUAGAGCUAAGAUUCAUAACUCCGCUCGUCCAGCUCCACCUAAACCCGAAAAGAAAGUCUACCCAGAUGCUACACCUGGUUUGCCCGAAGAUUAUCCCAAACCACCAGCAAAAUAUGGCUCUCGCUUCCAUUGGUUAGAAUAAAUUCUUGAUAUAUUACAACACCAAUAUCUGCUAUAUGUUUAAAUUAAAUAAUUUUGUUAAACAAACUUUAAUUAAAAAAUAAUAACCACUAGAAAAGAAACAACAA